AUGGCGGUAUAUGAAAAAUCCCUACCAGACGAGAAAUCAAAACUGGUGCUAGCUAAAGCCUUGUACGACUGUCAGGGUAAUGGACCUGGAGAGCUCACCAUUAAAUCUGGAGACAUAAUCGGCCUGCACUGGAAAAUAGAUGAAAACUGGUAUUAUGGAGAAAUCAAGGGGAAUGGUGGGCUCAUACCCAUCAGCGCAGUGCAGAUACUGGGCGAGCAAACACAGCCUGUGCCUUUGUGCCGUGCUCUCUAUGACUUUGACCUGACCAGACUGGAACCGGGAGAAAGGAGGGAGUGUCUGGCUUUUAUGAAGGGGGAUAUCAUCAGCGUUAUUAAGCGAGUAGAUGAAAACUGGGCUGAAGGAAAACUGGGAGACCAGGUUGGAAUCUUUCCGUUACAGUUUACAGAGCCAAAUCCAGCUGCUCUAAAACUCCUGGCGAGAGGAAAGAGUAGUGAUACUGCAGAAAUUCGACCCCAGAACGCGAGAGCAAGCAGUAGGAGGGCAAACAUAAAUGCGGCCAGCCACAGGCAAAUCUCCAAAAGGCAGACGAGUACGACUCGACCUCCAGAUGUCAGCGUCCUGAACACCCUGAACCACAGGCAAAUCCACAGUUCUUCCACUCCGAGCGCGCCCGGAAAACUUCUUCGACACUCCUCAACGUUUAAACUGAGAUCUGGAAGCACUCACAGAAGCUUCGUGAAGGUUGAAAGGAAGAUGAAUGGUGAAGUACCUCCGACCAUCACCAUGGCUCUGAUUAACCCCCAGGUUCCUCCACCGCUCACUGAGAGUAAACAGUCGUCCACCCAGCAGCUUUCUAUCAGUGUGUGUGCAGCACUGUACUCGUACACUCCCCAUCACGCCGAAGAGCUGGAACUGAACAAGGGGGAAAUGGUGGGGGUUUACGGGAAGUUUAAGGAGGGCUGGUUACGCGGCCUCUCUCUCAGAACCGGUAAAGUGGGCAUCCUGCCUGCCAACUAUGUGACACCUGUGCUCAGAACUUCAGCUAGAUUUCUCGGGCAGCCAAAGCCCUCAGUUUCCAAUGCAAGCGCCAUGACUUCAAGGCGAUACCCACCCCAAAAUCUCCAGACAGUGCAGACUCUGGACAAAGUUAAGGCUGAAGGAACUUCUGCUGCUGCAGUUGGUGCCAUGUCCUCUCAGCCUGCUGUAACAUCUAUUGGUGCGGUGAGAGGUCCACAGGCAGGAGGAAAGCAGGGUUGGGACACGGUCAGGCGAGCCUUCCCGACCUCACACAGAGGCUCACCCCGCCGUCAUUUGAGUCUUCAGCCCCCGGCUCAGGAUUUGGGACAGAUCUACGGAUUUGGACGUUCUCCUGUUCUUCCUAGAAAAAGAAAUGGUUUGUUCACAAAUCCAAUCAGGCCACAGCUCUGGACUUCUGAGGGAACGACACCCUCUGGUGGCACAUACCACACAAUGGAUGCCAAAUAUUCUGCUACAAAAGACACUUGCACAGCUCCUCAGUCCAUUCUGGUCAAACCAGAUCCUUAUAGGCUGAUCGCAGAAAAGCCUGUAAAGUCGGUGAGGUUCUCUCAUGAAGAAACUCCCCAAACCACAACGAGGACAACAUGUCUGUCUUCUGAAGCUCAGAUUACCGGGAGCUCUCCUAGCAGUUCCACGGCUUUGGAGCACUGGAACCCAUCAGCAAUUAUCGGUCGAGAUGGAAACAUCUCAGUCCUUAAAGACACGAAGACGACCCCGCAAAGAAAAGGACCUGUUCAGAGUUAUUCUAUCGUUGACUGUCUGCCUUUAGGUGCAAAAUCAGCUACACUUAACAGCCAGUCCAGUCCUAUCAGACACAAAGUCCUGAAGGGAUACAAUGCACGGACUAAUGCUGAGCUUAACCUGCUGGAGGGCGAAGUGGUCCUGGUUCGAAAGCCUCGGCCGGAUGGAAGGGUGCUGGUGACACAUGAGCUUACCGGAAUAACGGGGAUUUUUCAAAGCAGUAUUCUGGACAUACUGGACAAAGUGGUCUGAGUGGCACUUAGCGAUGUGUGUGUGUAUGCACUUGUGUGAGAGUGUGUAUGUGCUUGUGUGUGAGUGAGUCUGCAACCAGUGCUGCCCUGGGAACCAUGUGGCAGACUUCUGUUGCAUGAGAAACUAAGUAACAAAGCAAUACAUUGUGUGUUGUUGAUGUAAUUCUGUACACAGCAUGCAUCUCGGUCAACACAGACACAAACCAACCCUACAUACUAAUGUAAUUUUACUGUCAUAGACCACUACUACUGUCUUUUCUUUUGGGUUCUGACGGACAUGUGCACUUCGGGAUAGGGAUGUAGUCACUCACAUUUGUCUCUCAAUAUAAAC